GGGGCCGGCUAGGGGGCAGUUGUUUAAAUAGCCCCCGUCACCCCCGGGGUCGAUGAAACAGCCCCCUCCUCCCAGCUUCCUGCUGCAUUUGUGUUCCCAGACUAACCAGUGUCAUCCACCCUCCACCACAACAAAAAGCUGAUCAUCACUCCAGUCAACCAAAAAUCGACCGAUUGCCAUCAUGAAAGUCCUCUCGAUCCAAAUCCUGGCCGUCCAAAAACCACACCAGCCUCCAGCAAUCCCGGUCGCUCAAGCCUCCGAUUUGUCGUCCUUUAGCUUUCUUCAACGUGGAAGUAUCGGUGAAUUCCUGAAUUUCUUUGCGAAAACAGUCGCCGAGCGAACCGCAUCAGGGCAACGCCAAUCGGUCCAAGAGAAUAACUACACAGCGCAUGCCUAUCUUCGGCCGGCGGAGAACCUGAUAGGGAUCAUCAUCACCGACGACGAAUAUCCGGUCCGGGUAGCAUUCUCAUUAUUGAACAAGUUACUGGACGAAUUCACAACUAAGAUCCCUGAAUCCAAAUGGAAAUCGGCUGUCAACAAUCCCUCCUCUCCUCCCAACCUCGGUUUCACUGCCGUCGAUGAGUAUUUGGUUAAGUAUCAAGACCCUAAACAGGCUGAUACUAUCCUGAAAGUCCAACAAGAAUUAGAUGAAACCAAGAUCGUACUUCACAAAACGAUUGAGUCUGUGUUGGAGAGAGGGGAGAAAUUGGAUAGCUUGGUCGAGCGUUCAAAUGCAUUGAGCAGCCAAUCAAAAAUGUUUUACAAGACCGCCAAAAAGCAAAACUCAUGUUGUCUGAUUGUCUAGACCACUCCAUGCGACUAUCACUACAGUUAACAAGAAGAAGGAAGUGUUGUUUUUUGUUUUCUGAAAUCAUUUUUCUUCUUCUUUUUAUUUGUUCUGUCAGUGGGCCAGUUACAGCAAGAUCUUUCAAACGCAUCUUCUUCUUUCCCUGUCUUUCGGAGUGAUUUCGAAUCUUCGAUGUUGUAUUGCUUUUCAACUCAUUCCACAAUAAAAUCAUCCUCUGCUUAAAGCUUUCUAGGCGUCUAAAAGACCAGCAAUACGG